CUCCUCUCUGGCGAAUAAACAAAAGAAAGCCUGCAAAGGGCAAGCGGUGGCUUUCCCCCUCACGCACUUCUCCUUCCCUCGCUUGUUUGCUUUCCUCGUACUUCUCUGUGUUUGUUCCUUUCUUCGCAACCCCCCUCCCUGAGCGUAACAAUCGAAUGCACCUCCGCUCGCGUGGCCAAACAGGGACGACUUCUCUUUUAACCCUCUUCUGCUGUGAAUUCCUCAUCACCCAUCUUCAAUCGACGUUACCGUUCCUUCCCCUAAAGCAUUAAGCUUUCCUCGCGACAUCGCUGAUGGCUUCGGCCGGCACGAGUUCAGAGUCUUUUGCCAAAGCUGCGGUUAAUUCCUUCCCCUCUCGCGCCAUCCAAUCUUUUCCCCGGUGGUCCCAAAGCCCCAGUCCCCCCCCACCCCUUCCGCCCAUAAAUGAGACCAAAUCGAGACACGCAACGCAAACGAAAGAGAAAGCGAUGAACCAUUGAAUUGGAACUCACCAGUGGUAGAGGACGAUGAGUUCGCCUUGCCGAUCGCCGAAACUAGACCCGGAGAACCCGAUCCCGCCGCCGUUACCAUCGGAGAAGGCAUCGUCGAGACCCCAAACCCCAGCGCGAGUAGAUGCACUCGCGGGAUCCCCUAUCCGAUCGCCGCUUCGUCACGCGGAUAGCACGAUUCCGCCGCCGGUGGUGACGGUCGCGAAAGCGAACAGAAUGAGCCGGGACGACGCGUCCGCGGUGGCGAGGUUGGACGGGACCAGCGGCGUGCGAGCGGGGGAGAGGGGACUCGGGACGGCGUCGGCGAUCGUGAGGCGGCAGCGGGUGACGAGGGCGGACCCUGUGCUUCGGGUGGCGGCGGUGUUGCUGUGCAUGAUCUCCUUCUCGGUGAUGGCCUCCGACAAGACGGAGGGUUGGGCGGGCGACUCAUUCGACCGCUACAAAGAAUUCCGGUUCCUGGUCGCGAUCAACGUGAUCGCGUUCGUGUACUCGCUGUUUCAGGUCUACGCGAAGAUCCACCGUGUGAUCGCCAUGAAGUACAUCAUAGCUUCUCCGAAGCGUUAUUACUUUGAUCUCGCCAUGGAUCAGGUACUGGCUUACCUUCUGAUGUCGGCGUCGUCGGCGGCAGCAUCUCGCAACGAUGCGUGGGUCUCCAGGUUCGGGAGAGACGACUUCACCGACAAAGCCAGCGGCGCCGUCGCCAUGUCGUUCCUCGCAUUCGGUGUUUUCGCUCUGAGCUCACUCCUCUCCGCUUACAAUUUGUUGAGGACUCCUUGAUUUGGCGUACAUAACAAGACGCCAGUCGUUCCUUUUGCAGGACAUCGUCGAAGUUGGCGUCAGUUUGCAUCACAACAAUUUUCUCUUGAAUUGCGAAUAUGAUGUAUUCUUUUAGAUAGCUGUAAUCAAAGCAUGUAAUCAAAUACAUAACGGAAGCAUAUUGGAAUAUUAAAUAAAAACCUUACUAU